AUGUUAACAAGUUACCCAUUAUCUAACUUACUGCAUGUAACUGAAACACUUGAUCGUUUAGCUGAAGCAUCUUACUUCACAUCGACUGAUAUGGUAUUCGGAUAUCAUCAGGUUGAAGUGGCCGAUGAAGAUAAAGAGAAAACUACAUUUACAUCCUCAGAUGGACUAUUUCAUGAUCAGUAUUGUAGGAUGCCCUAUGGGCUGGCAGGGGCACCGGCAACCUUUCAAUCCGUUGUCGAAGUAUUGGAGACUGAGGAUAUCAUGGCCUACCUUGAUGAUGUUAUUUGUUUUCACGUCAACUUUGACAAGUAUUUGGAAGGAAUUCAGAAAUUACUCGCGAUGGUAAGAAGAGCCGGUUUUAAACUAUCUGGAAAGAAAUGCCAAUUUGCUAAACUUUCUGUAGGAUUCCUGGGUCACAUUAUCGACAAUAUUGGUGUUAGACUGCUACCUGAGAAACUAGAUAUCAUCAGGAAUUGGAAGGCUACUGAGAGUCAGGAUAAAUUGCGGCGAUUUCUUGGAGUGUGCACGUUUUGGAGGAGACUUGUGAAAGAGUUUUCCAAAAUAGCCGUUCCACUUCACAAACUUUUAAAUAAAGAGGAAUUCUUAUGGACGAAUAAAUGGCAGGAUGCGUUUAACCUGUCGAAAAAAUUGUUGUGUUCUUCGAUGACAUUGAAACUUCCACAGCGUGUAGGUCGGUUCUCUAACUGUGACAUGUGA